AUGCCUAAAACGAGGCCUCCAACAACGGGCUAUGCUCGCAUAGCUCAGGCAGAAGAUUCCGAUUCGGACAAUGACCAUCUUGCCCAGAGCUACGCUUCCCUCCAGCCAGCUGAUGCUCCAAGAUAUGCCCCCAUUACCCAACCUCGCGCCCAUGGUGGUAUGGUGUCCGAUGGAAACACAUCUCCAACGAACACCCGCAGACCACGGCAUAGAAGGCGGAUGGGAAGCAAUAGUUCGGUCUCAGGGGUGGACAUUAAGGCAAUAAAUGCCAGGCUGGAACGAUGGGCAGACGAAAUCGCCUCAAAAUUCAAGAUUCAUAAAGUGAAGGGGAAAACGGACGAAGAGGAGAGGUUAGAGAUCCACCAUUCAGUGUUCCAAGCGCCCGAAGGUGUACGACCAGCGACCGCGGAAACGCUGGCUUCAGAAUCCGAUCAAGGACGAAUGACAAAGGCCGAAUUCGAUGAAAUCGUUGAGAGUGUCAGAGUGGCCAUUGAGCAAGGAAUGCAUCCAAAGAUGAUUACACAAGGCAGCUCUGGCAGUUACUUUGCGAGGAAUACUGAGGGAAAGGUAGUGGGAGUCUUCAAGCCCAAGGACGAGGAGCCCUACGCCGCAGGAAAUCCGAAAUGGAACAAAUGGAUACACCGAAAUCUCUUCCCUUGCUUUUUUGGACGCGCGUGUCUUAUUCCCAAUCUCAGCUACGUCUCCGAGGCGGCAGCAUACACUCUGGAUUGUAGAUUACGGACCAACUUGGUUCCUUAUACAGACAUUGUCCAUCUCUCCUCGAAAUCAUUUCACUAUGACUUCUGGGCGAGAAGGAAUUUUUAUAGAAGGAAAAAGGCAUAUCCACCCAAAGUCGGUAGCUUUCAAGUUUUCCUCAAAGGCUUUAAGGAUGCAAAUAUCUUUCUGCGAGAGCACCCUUGGCCAGACCGAGUGGCUGGAUCAUACAGGCCUAGCGACACCCAUAGAAAGAGCAAAGCUUGGAGAGAGACAUGCCGACCAAAUGGCUCUCGCGACGAUGACGAUGAUGAAGAGGAACAAACCCCGAUGGCACCUACAGAAGGGGAAAAUAGACGGUUCGUAUGGACAGAAACAUUACAACAAUCAUUUCGGGAAGAGCUUGAGAAGCUCGUCAUUCUGGACUACAUUAUGAGGAAUACGGAUAGAGGGUUGGAUAAUUGGAUGAUCAAGGUGGACUACGAAAAUCAAGACGUUUCUAUUGUGUCGGAACCAUUGAAAAUGAAUGGUGCACCUGAAGAUUCUCCGCCGCGAUUAGUGUCAACCUCGGAUAGCCCUGAAAACCGGCCCUACAGAGCUCAACUACCCAUGGAGGCUAUUAGUAGAUCAACAACGCCGAAUCCUCAUCUUGCAGGACCUACCAUGUCAAUUGGGGCGAUCGACAACAGUUUAUCGUGGCCAUGGAAGCACCCAGACGCAUGGCGAAGUUUCCCAUUUGGCUGGCUCUUCCUCCCCGUUUCCCUCAUUGGACAACCAUUCUCACAAAAGACUAGAGAUCACUUUUUGCCGCUUCUUACAUCCAAACAAUGGUGGAGCGAAACUCAGUUAGAAUUGAGAAAGAUUUUCAGUCAGGACGCGGAUUUCCAAGAACGCAUGUUUGCAAGGCAAAUUGCAGUCAUGAAAGGACAGGCUUGGAACGUAGUCGAGACCCUCAAGUUGGUUGACCACGGGCCUCUGGAAUUGACACGAAGAGCUCGUGUUUGUGUUUGGGACGAUUUGGUUGAUAUUCCCGUGGCAGUACCGAUGCGAGUACCGUCUGCAGAAAUGCGUAGGCGGAACGAUUUUGAAUUCCAAAGGAACCUGCACGAAGAGGAGAUGGAUAUUAGUACAGCCAACGCUUCGGCUUCGGCUCCACAACCAGACCUUUUAGGUCCGUCAUCCCCUUCAGCGGAACUUCCAAAUCCGAACCGUUUCGAAUUGGUCAGCCCUCGUGAAAGUGAAGAGUUUUCUGGCAUUCAGUCGCCAGAGUCGCAACUUGAUACGAAAAUGAGUGCUCGAGAGGCUUUCAAGAACCAGGUCAAGUUUUCUGAUCGACCGGAUCUUGGUCACUCUCGAGCUCGUAUGAGCUACGAUGGACCUUCCCGGCCUAUGCCCCACGCUUCAAGACGAGAGGGUCGUCGGUUUUCAUUCAACCUCAAGACUCGUGGUCUCCCACUUAUGUAUGACGGUGAUGAUACGGACGGAGAUUUGGGCUUCGCCGCGGCGGAAGGAAUGGAUGGGAACCACCGGAAGGUGAUUGUGGAAAGAUUAGAAACUGUGAAAAGCAAGAAUCCCGUUUUUACCUGGUGUUAA